AUGCUGCAGCCGGAGGGAUUUGCGGUGGUGACGGCAGGCGCUCACCCGACCAUGGUGGCACACCGAGGGGAGGUUCAGCUAUUUCCUGUCCCAAACAAGACCAGCGCAGCUUUGAACACUGCCCCGCAGGUGAGCAUGAACGAUUUCAGCGAGAGUGAGGAUGGCGUGAUUCUGCACCACAAUCUCAUCAACAGACCAACAGAGUUUGUGAAGCUUUGUGAAAAGGCUCUCCAGGACUUGUACCGAGAAUUUAUCCAAGAGGAAGAUGUCCCCGGCAAGGUGCCCUUGAUGCAGCUUGCUCUCAAGACUGACGCCAACUUGGAUGGCGCUCUGACUGAGUUCGAUUCGUUCAACGCUUCGGAACCACUGAUUCGCGAUCUCACCUCCGACCAGGUCGAAAAGCUGGUGGUGAUUCAAGGCAUCGUGGCCUCGGUGAAGACACCUCGAGACAAGGUUCGCAAAGUGGUGCUGAAGUGCAGCAACUGUGAGAAUGUGGAAGAGGUCACCGUGGAGAGUGGCUUCACGGCCGCUCACGUUCCGUCGGGCUGCAAAGGAAGCGCCUUGCGGAAUGGGCCAACGACUCAGCGGCACAAGUUGGGCCAGGUAGCCGUUGGAGACCUUUGUGAGUACGCCCCAGACCAGUCCAUCCGCUUGCAAGAGCUACCAGAGCAUGUUCCGGUUGGAGAGAUGCCACGCAGCAUCGAGCUUUGUGCCCAAAUGUAUGAUGUGGACAGGUGCACUCCUGGGACCCGACUGACCUGCAUCGGAAUCUUCUGCGCCACUGAAAGGGCUGCUGGAGACAAACUGUCACGGGGUAGGAAUCAGGGCACCAACACCGUGAAGUACUCCUACAUUCAAGUUCCACCCUCGGCUCGCAACGACUGUCAGCUCUUCGGGGGUGCGCGGAAGCUGCUGCCGAGCGGCAAUCGCCUGCGCGGUGACAUCAAUGUCUUGCUGUUGGGAGAUCCUGGAACUGCAAAGAGUCAGUUCUUGAAGUUCGCCCACCAAGUUGCACCCAUUGCCGUGUAUACAAGCGGAAAGGGCAGCAGUGCUGCAGGGCUGACUGCAGCGAUCGUCAAGGAUGGGGGAGGUUUCACACUGGAAGGCGGUGCGAUGGUACUUGCUGACAAUGGCCUGGUGUGCAUCGAUGAGUUCGACAAAAUGGAUGAGAAAGACCGUGUUUCAAUCCAUGAGGCUAUGGAGCAGCAGACGAUCUCCAUUGCAAAAGCUGGCAUGACGACCAUGCUCAACACUCGCUGCAGGCUGGAUGUGCUGGCUGCUGCCAAUCCGCGCUUUGGGUCCUACGACGACCUUUCAAACACGGCGGAUCAGAUGGAUUUUCAAACGACUAUCCUGUCCCGUUUCGACAUGAUGUUCCUGGUCAAGGAUGUCAGAGAUCCUGAGAGAGACUACAAAUUGGCAAAGCACCUGGUGGCACUUCACAGCGGAGCUCAACAUGAGGAGCAUUUGGUGCCGUUCACUACGCAGCAACUGCGCAAGUACAUCGCCUACUGCCGCACCAAGUGUUCUCCUCGCAUCACGCAGGACGGUGCCGAGGUCUUGAAGAACCACUACGUGGGCAUCCGCAAGGCGAUGAAAUCAGAGAAGGCCACGAUUCCGAUCACCGUCAGGCAGCUGGAAGCCAUCGUACGAAUUGCAGAGAGUCUUGCGAAAAUGGAGAUGAAGGAGGCUGCAGAUGUGAGCCAUGUGGAGGAGGCUUUGCGAUUGUUUACGGUGUCUACCUUGGACUCUGCGAAUCGUGACCGAAAUGGUGUGGGUAUUGAUGUCCUCUCUGAUGAAGACAAGAAGGAGCUCAUGGAAGCUGAAGAGGCCCAGUGGGUAAAACCAUCCCACACCAUCCCAUACCAUCGUGAGGAUUCACCUGGGAGCCCAAGCAGACAUUCGAUUAUGUUGUAA